AUGGAUUUUAAUAGGGCACAAAGGUGUCUCAGGCUACUGGAAGGCGCAGAAGACGACGGCGCAGUGAUGGAAUCGCAAGAACUUCCCAUGACACAGGUUCCUGAUGGAUUCAGCAGUGAAGAGGAAGUGUUCAUCAAUACACAGAUACAGAGUAAGCUGGAUGAAGCAAAGCUCCAGGAUGACAUGAAAAAUUCACUGAACAAAUUUGCUCUUGCCGCUAGCCCUGUGAAGAGUCCUAUGAAACGGCCAGCCAGAACUUCAGCAAAGGACAAAUCGGUCAAUACAAAACAAGCAAGACCGAGUCACAGAAAGAGGCAGGAUUCAUCUCAGAUCAAAAGCGUCACGCAAUACAGCACGGAAAGUUCCGACAGCUCCAAAGAUCGGCGCCGGGUGCAGGAUCUCGUUUCUUUACUGUCAGGGAAAAAGGGCAAAGUUAAGGACAUUUUGACGCGACUAGAACGAAAGAAUGAGAGCGACAAACGCACCCGAUUCUGUACAUACAAACAAGAAGAGUGGAAGUACAUCUUAGGGCUUUUACGCUGCCAAUUUCCCCAAUGCCAAAGAUCUGAGGUUCGCGCAGUUCAUCGGUAUAUGUAUGGAGAUGAAAGUGAUGUGUGGUAUUCUUCUCAGUAUGCACCUUCUCAGUCUGAUGUAGAAAGCUGUGAAGAGUCUGAAAUGGGGCUUCUGCCGAAACAGGCACCUUUGGUGUUUUCUUUGUCGCAAGUUAUGGAAGAUACAGAAGGGCGGCAGCAAGAAACCACACCAGAUGUGAUAUCUUUAGAAUCACAAAAACCCUUAUUAGGAGCUCCAACUCUAAGCAAACUCGAAAAUGAUCCUGAUGACGUAGAAAGAAUUUCAGAUACCUCUGAAAAUAUGGUGAUUCCGAGCCCUCAGAGAGAGGCAGAGUCAAAUACAAGGCUCCUUACUGAAACCCGCAGCAUUAUCUCGAACAGUGUAGAUGAGGUAGGUUCGGAGAUUAGCAUAGACCCUAAACUUGCUCUGGAGUUCCGAAAAAAAAUGCUCAGUGAUUCACCAGAGCUGGCCUCUGCACCGGCUGCUACAGACGGAACAUUCCAAAACGAGAUCUUAUCGCCAGUGCCAUUAUCUAGCCACGUUCAGCCACUUCAGCCAAACGUAUUGCAGCGACCCUUGUCAUUGCACUCCAUUGGUGCAUCACAUCAAACGCAAUAUUCACGAUUGUCUCCUAAUAAACAUGGUGGUGCAGACAAUUUAAUAGAUCUAACGCAUGGGUCGUUCAAAGUGGUGAAGUCAUUGAUUUCUCCGUUGAAAGCUGAUGUACAAGUCCCUGCUACGCGAAAUCCCACCUUGAUCGAAGGGGCACUUCCUGUAACACUUGAAUCUUCUCACACGCCCUCUCAAGAUGUUAUUCGAAUCAAGAUUUUCAAGCAAGCCAAGAGAAGAGACGCAAGAAAUCCUUCAGAGCCCCCUUCAAAUCAUUUGGUGAACCGAGAGGAUUGCGUUGACGAUAGCGAGGAGGACGGCGAAUACAGCAUUUUUGACUUUAGAAUACCUAAACGGCCCAGGCUGGCACUGGAGCAACUACAAUAUCCUGUGAUCGAAUCCGCUGUACAUUCGGAUGCAGAAACGGAGAUAAAUCAAACCCCAACAGCGCCAACCCCUUCUCAACAGUCGUCCGUGCCACCUUCUGCACAGCAACUCAGACAAAAGCUCCGAAACAUAGGUUUGAAGCCUGGCCGCACACGGAAGCAAAUGUUGGAACAGAUGGAAGCUGUUUCUCAAAACCUCGAGGCUGAUACAGAAGUCGAGCAACGAAAGGAAAUAUUUAUGCAAUUCACAUCACUAGUCGAACAAAUGCCCGAACUCCUGGAAAAAGUUUACACUUUUGAACCUAUUAUUCUUUCUGACCUAAUGCGAAUAUUAGUUGAUAAAAAUCCGUUCAUUGACAAUGUUGAAGAAUCUGUAGUACGUGAUUGGGCAGACCAGAUGGGUAUCUGCCUCAGGAAUGGGCCAUAG